AAGUGCGCGAAGCUGGGGACGCGCUGCGAGCGCACACGUGACGGCGCGGCGCCGAGCUAGCGGGACCCGGCGGCGGCGGUGGCCGUGGCUGCGGUGGCGGGCGCAGCGGAGCGGCCCGGGCGACUUAGAGCCCCGGGAGCGGCGCGCGCGGCCCCGGCCCUGGCCCCGCGCCGUCCCGGCGCGCGCUGCACAUUCUCUCCUGGCGGCGGCGCCACCUGCGGGAGCGUUCGCCCGAACAUGGCGACACGGAGCAGCAGGAGGGAGUCGAGACUCCCUUUCCUAUUCGUCUUGGUCGCGCUGCUGCCCCCCGGGGCUCUCGGCGUGGGCUGGGCGCAGAGAUUGCACAGUGGUCGAGCACUCUUGCCCCAGGACCGCGGCUUCUCCGUGGUGCAGGGCGACCCGCGCGAGCUGCGGCUAGGAACGUACGGGGAUGCCCCGGGGGCGAGCCCGGCGGCCAGGAAGCCACUCAGGACCCGGCGGAGCACUGCUCUGCAGCCCCAGCCUAUCCAGGUGUAUGGACAGGUCAGUCUCAAUGACUCCCACAAUCAGAUGGUGGUGCACUGGGCCGGAGAGAAAAGCAACGUGAUCGUGGCAUUAGCCCGAGACAGCCUGGCACUGGCAAGGCCCAAGAGCAGUGAUGUGUAUGUGUCUUACGACUACGGAAAGUCAUUCAAUAAGAUUUCAGAGAAGCUGAACUUUGGCCCAGGAAACAACAGCGAAGCUGUAAUCUCUCAAUUCUACCACAGCCCUGCUGACAACAAGAGGUACAUCUUUGUAGAUGCUUAUGCCCAAUACCUCUGGAUCACAUUUGACUUCUGCAGCACUAUCCAUGGCUUCUCCAUUCCAUUCCGGGUGGCUGAUCUCCUCCUCCACAGCAAGGCCUCCAACCUCCUCUUGGGCUUUGACAGGUCUCACCCCAACAAGCAGCUAUGGAAGUCAGAUGAUUUUGGCCAGACCUGGAUCAUGAUUCAGGAGCAUGUGAAGUCCUUCUCUUGGGGAAUCGACCCCUAUGACCAGCCAAACACUAUCUACAUAGAGCGGCACGAGCCCUUCGGGUUCUCCACAGUGUUCCGCAGUACAGACUUCUUCCAGUCCCGGGAAAACCAGGAAGUGAUCCUGGAGGAAGUGAGAGACUUUCAGCUUCGGGACAAGUACAUGUUUGCUACAAAGGUGGUGCAUCUUCCGGGCAGCCAGCAGCAGUCAUCUGUCCAGCUCUGGGUCUCCUUUGGCCGGAAGCCUAUGAGAGCAGCCCAGUUUGUCACAAAGCAUCCUAUUAAUGAAUAUUACAUCGCUGAUGCCUCUGAGGACCAGGUGUUCGUGUGUGUGAGUCACAGUAACAACAGUACUAACCUAUACAUCUCAGAGGCGGAGGGGCUGAAAUUCUCCCUAUCCUUGGAGAAUGUGCUGUAUUACAGCCCAGGAGGGGCCGGCAGUGACACCCUGGUGAGGUAUUUUGCAAAUGAGCCGUUUGCUGACUUUCACCGCGUGGAAGGCUUACAAGGAGUCUACAUUGCCACCCUGAUUAAUGGGUCUAUGAAUGAGGAGAACAUGAGGUCGGUCAUCACCUUUGACAAGGGGGGAACCUGGGAAUUUCUUCAGGCCCCAGCCUUCACAGGAUAUGGAGAGAAAAUCAAUUGUGAGCUUUCUCGGGGCUGUUCCCUCCACCUGGCCCAGCGCCUCAGUCAACUGCUCAACCUCCAACUUCGGAGGAUGCCUAUCCUGUCCAAGGAGUCAGCCCCUGGCCUCAUCAUUGCAACCGGCUCCGUGGGAAAGAACUUGGCCAGCAAGACCAACGUGUACAUCUCCAGCAGUGCUGGAGCCAGGUGGAGAGAGGCUCUUCCUGGACCCCAUUACUAUACUUGGGGUGACCACGGAGGCAUCAUCAUGGCUAUUGCCCAGGGCAUGGAGACCAACGAGCUGAAGUACAGCACCAAUGAAGGGGAGACCUGGAAGACAUUUGUCUUCUCUGAGAAGCCUGUGUUUGUGUACGGGCUUCUCACAGAACCCGGCGAGAAGAGUACUGUCUUCACCAUCUUCGGCUCUAAUAAGGAGAGUGUCCACAGCUGGCUCAUCCUGCAGGUCAAUGCCACCGAUGCCUUGGGGGUUCCUUGCACAGAAAACGACUACAAGCUCUGGUCCCCCUCUGAUGAACGAGGAAAUGAGUGUUUGCUAGGACACAAGACAGUUUUCAAAAGGAGGACCCCUCAUGCAACCUGCUUUAAUGGGGAAGACUUUGACCGCCCGGUGGUCGUGUCCAACUGCUCCUGCACCCGGGAGGACUAUGAAUGUGACUUUGGCUUCAAGAUGAGUGAAGAUCUCUCGUUAGAGGUUUGUGUUCCAGACCCCGAGUUUUCUGGGAAGCCCUACAGCCCUCCUGUGCCUUGUCCUGUGGGUUCUUCAUACAGGAGGACAAGAGGCUAUCGGAAGAUUUCAGGGGAUACUUGCAGCGGAGGAGAUGUUGAAGCACGACUGGAAGGGGAGCUGGUCCCUUGUCCCCUGGCGGAAGAGAACGAGUUCAUCCUGUACGCCAUGCGGAAGUCCAUCUACCGCUACGACUUGGCCUCGGGAGCCGUGGAGCAGAUUCCUCUGUCGGGGCUGCGGGCCGCUGUGGCCCUGGACUUCGACUAUGAACGGAACUGCCUGUAUUGGUCUGACCUGGCGCUAGACACCAUCCAGCGUCUCUGCUUGAAUGGAAGCACGGGGCAAGAGGUGAUCAUCAACUCCGGCCUGGAGACUGUGGAGGCGUUGGCCUUCGAACCCCUCAGCCAAUUGCUUUACUGGGUGGAUGCCGGCUUUAAAAAGAUCGAGGUAGCCAAUCCAGAUGGUGACUUCCGACUGACAAUUGUCAAUUCCUCUGUGCUUGAUCGGCCCAGGGCUCUAGUCCUUGUACCCCAAGAAGGGGUGAUGUUCUGGACUGACUGGGGAGACUUGAAGCCUGGGAUCUACCGGAGCAACAUGGAUGGCUCCGCUGCCUAUCGCCUUGUGUCAGAGGACGUAAAGUGGCCCAAUGGCAUCUCCGUGGACGGCCAGUGGAUCUAUUGGACGGAUGCUUACCUGGACUGUAUUGAGCGCAUCACCUUCAGUGGCCAGCAGCGCUCAGUCAUCCUUGACAACCUCCCACACCCUUACGCCAUUGCUGUCUUUAAGAAUGAGAUCUACUGGGAUGACUGGUCACAGCUCAGCAUCUUCAGGGCUUCGAAGUACGGCAGAUCCCAAGUGGAGAGUCUAGCAAGCCAGCUCACGGGCCUGAUGGACAUGAAGAUUUUCUACAAGGGAAAGAAUGCUGGAAGCAAUGCCUGCGUGCCUCAGCCCUGCAGUCUACUGUGCCUUCCUAAAGCCAACAACAGCAAAAGCUGCAGGUGUCCAGAAGGUGUGACCAGCAGUGUCCUUCCCUCUGGGGACCUGAUGUGUGACUGCCCUCAGGGCUAUCAGAGGAAGAACAACACCUGUGUCAAAGAAGAGAACACCUGUCUUCGUAACCAGUAUCGCUGCAGCAACGGCAACUGCAUCAACAGCAUUUGGUGGUGUGAUUUCGACAAUGACUGUGGAGACAUGAGUGACGAGAGAAACUGCCCCACGACGGUCUGUGAUGCUGACACUCAGUUCCGGUGCCAGGAGUCGGGGACUUGCAUUCCGCUGUCCUAUAAGUGUGACCUUGAAGAUGACUGUGGAGAUAACAGUGAUGAGAGUCACUGUGAGAUGCACCAGUGUCGCAGCGAUGAGUUCAACUGCAGCUCUGGGAUGUGCAUCAGGUCCUCCUGGGUGUGUGACGGGGACAACGACUGCAGGGACUGGUCUGAUGAAGCCAACUGUACUGCCAUCUACCACACCUGUGAGGCCUCCAAUUUCCAGUGCCACAAUGGCCACUGCAUCCCCCAGCGAUGGGCGUGUGAUGGUGACGCGGAUUGCCAGGAUGGCUCUGAUGAAGAUCCCGUCAGCUGUGAGAAAAAGUGCAACGGAUUCCACUGCCCAAACGGCACAUGCAUCCCAUCCAGCAAGCAUUGUGACGGGCUGAGGGACUGCCCCGACGGCUCUGAUGAGCAGCACUGUGAGCCCUUCUGCACACGCUUCAUGGACUUUGUGUGUAAGAAUCGGCAGCAGUGUCUGUUCCACUCCAUGGUGUGUGACGGGAUCAUCCAGUGCCGAGACGGCUCUGACGAGGAUGCCGCCUUCGCUGGAUGCUCUCAAGACCCCGAGUUCCACAAGGAGUGCGAUGAGUUCGGCUUCCAGUGUCAGAACGGAGUGUGUAUCAGCUUGAUUUGGAAAUGCGAUGGGAUGGACGACUGUGGAGACUACUCUGACGAAGCCAACUGUGAAAACCCCACGGAAGCCCCAAACUGCUCCCGUUACUUUCAGUUCCACUGUGAGAAUGGCCACUGCAUCCCCAACCGGUGGAAGUGUGACCGAGAGAAUGACUGUGGGGACUGGUCUGAUGAGAAGGAUUGUGGAGAUUCACACGUUUUUCCCUCCCCCACCCCCGGGCCCUCCACAUGUCUGCCCAAUUACUUCCGCUGCAGCAACGGGGCCUGUGUAAUGGGCACCUGGGUGUGCGACGGCUACAGGGACUGUGCCGAUGGCUCAGAUGAGGAAGCCUGCCCCUCUCUAGCAAACUCCACUGCUGCCUCCACUCCCACCCAGCUCGGGCAGUGUGACCGAUUUGAGUUCGAGUGCCACCAACCAAAGAAAUGUAUCCCCAACUGGAAGCGCUGUGACGGUCACCAAGAUUGCCAAGACGGCCAGGAUGAAGCCAACUGCCCCACUCACAGCACCCUGACAUGUAUGAGCAGGGAGUUCAAGUGUGAGGACGGCGAGGCAUGCAUUGUGCUCUCGGAGCGCUGUGACGGCUUCCUGGAUUGCUCGGAUGAGAGCGACGAGAAGGCCUGCAGUGAUGAGUUAACUGUAUACAAAGUCCAGAAUCUCCAGUGGACAGCUGAUUUCUCUGGGGAUGUGACUUUGACCUGGAUGCGGCCAAAGAAGAUGCCUUCUGCUUCCUGUGUGUACAACGUCUACUACAGGGUGGUUGGAGAGAGCAUCUGGAAGACCCUGGAAACCCACAGCAACAAAACAAGCACUGUGCUAAAGGUCCUGAAGCCAGACACCACGUACCAGGUUAAGGUGCAGGUGCACUGUCUCAGCAAGGUGCACAACACCAAUGACUUUGUGACCCUGAGGACUCCAGAGGGGUUGCCAGAUGCUCCUCGGAAUCUCCAGCUGUCCCUGAACAAUGAAGAGGAAGGUGUGAUUGUUGGGCACUGGGCUCCUCCUGUCCACACCCAUGGCCUCAUCCGUGAGUACAUUGUGGAAUACAGCAGGAGUGGAUCCAAGAUGUGGGCCUCCCAGAGAGCUGCCAGCAACUCUACAGAAAUAAAGAACCUACUGCCCAAUGCUCUCUACAGCAUCAGAGUGGCUGCGGUGACUAGUCGAGGAAUAGGAAACUGGAGCGAUUCUAAAUCCAUCACCACCAUCAAAGGAAAAGUGAUCCAAGCACCAAAUAUCCGCAUUGACAGCUACGAUGAGAAUUCCCUGAGCUUUACCCUGAGCAUGGAUGGUGACGUCAAGGUCAGUGGCUAUGUGGUGAACCUUUUCUGGUCAUUUGAUGCCCACAAACAAGAAAAGAAAACCUUGAACUUCCGAGGAGGAAGUUCGCUGUCACACAAAGUUACCAAUCUGACAGCUCAUACGUCCUAUGAGAUUUCUGCCUGGGCCAAGACAGACUUGGGGGAUAGCCCACUGGCCUUUGAGCACAUCUUGACAAGAGGCAUCAGCCCGCCGGCUCCUAGUCUCAAAGCCAAGGCCAUCAAUCAGACUGCAGUGGAGUGCAUCUGGACUGGCCCCAAGAAUGUGGUGUACGGUAUUUUCUACGCGACAUCUUUCCUUGACCUCUAUCGAAACCCUAAGAGCUUAACUACUUCACUCCACAAUAAGACCGUCAUUGUCAGCAAGGAUGAGCAGUACUUGUUCCUGGUUCGGGUGUUGAUCCCUUACCAAGGGCCGUCUUCUGACUAUGUUGUGGUGAAGAUGAUCCCAGACAGCAGGCUUCCACCUCGGCACCUGCAUGCAGUCCAAAUAGGCAAAACCUCAGCAGUCAUCAAGUGGGAAUCGCCCUAUGACUCUCCUGACCAGGACUUGUUCUACGCCAUUGCAGUGAAAGAUCUGAUCAGAAAGACGGACAGGAGCUACAAAGUCAGAUCUCGCAACAGUACUGUGGAAUACAGCCUCAGCAAGCUGGAGCCUGGAGGGAGAUACCAUAUCAUUGUCCAGCUGGGAAACAUGAGCAAGGAUUCCAGCAUAAAAAUCACCACAGUUUCAUUGUCAGCACCUGAUGCCUUAAAAAUCAUAACAGAAAACGACCACGUUCUCCUCUUUUGGAAAAGCCUGGCUUUGAAGGAAAAGCAGUUCAAUGAAACCAGGGGCUACGAGAUCCACAUGUUUGACAGUGCUGUGAAUCUCUCCGCUUACCUUGGGAAUACUACUGACAAUUUCUUUAAAGUGUCCAACCUGAAGAUGGGUCAUAAUUACACUUUCACGGUCCAAGCACGCUGUCUCUUUGGUAGCCAGAUCUGUGGGGAGCCUGCCGUGCUGCUGUAUGACGAACUGAGCUCAGGUGGAGAUCCGGCAGUGGUCCAGGCUGCCAGGUCUACUGAUGUCGCAGCUGUGGUGGUUCCUAUCCUGUUCCUGAUCCUGCUGAGCCUGGGUGUGGGCUUUGCCAUCCUCUACACCAAGCACCGCCGCUUACAGAGCAGUUUCACCGCCUUUGCCAACAGCCACUACAGCUCCAGGCUAGGCUCGGCCAUCUUCUCCUCCGGGGAUGACCUAGGAGAGGACGAUGAAGAUGCUCCCAUGAUUACUGGAUUCUCAGACGAUGUCCCCAUGGUGAUAGCGUGAAGAGCUUUUCUCAUUAGAAACCAAAUGGUGUAAAUAUUUUAUUUGAUAAAGAUAGUUGAUGGUUUAUUUUAAAAGAUGCACUUUGAGUUGCAAUAUGUUAUUUUUAUAUGGGCCAAAACUACAAAAAAAAAAAAAAAGGAAGGAAUGAAUAAACUUUGUAGUAUCAACUGUGAACUUGAAACCAGGUUGAUUUUAGUAACAUUAUUUGAUUUGACAUUGAUGUCAUCUUACAGGGCUGUGCUUGCUGGGCAUGCUUUUAAGUCCAUGAGAUCAUUUUGCUUCAUUAAGUUGACCAUUAUUUUUGUUUUUCUAAGACACAGAAAUGUAUUUAAUAAAACCUUCAAGAGAGAGAAAUGGAUGGGGCACAAUCUCCUUGAAAACUGCUCAGACUUUCCAUCUCGUUUGGGUUUAGUUUACAUAAGUAUGUGGGUGUCUUGUGGGGGAAAGGCUCUGUGCUAUUGUUUUGUUAAUUUAUUGGGACUCUGUAUAAGGCCAUAUUUUAGUGGCUGUCUGAAACCCCAUGUGUGAAGGGCCCCUUGCCCAACAGGGUCGGGUGGAAAGCAGGAGCAAUCUGUUUUUAUUUGCUCCUGUGUCAGGGACAGGUCUUUGGCAGAAGAGAAUUCUAGGUUCCUGCUAGAUUCCAAUUCAACGGCCCUGUAGCCUGGGAAGCCCUGCAAGCCAUAGGCCCCUGUCUCCUAGGAAUCCGUGGGCUCUUACUGUGCAUGUCUCUGUACAAAGUGUACCUCUGGAAGCUGCCAAGUGAUAACACUGCUUUCUUAUACACUGGGAUCAUUGUCACUUGAAAAAAAAAAUUACUGUGGUUGUGGGAGAAAGUUCUAGAUCUGUGCCAUGAUAGAUAAUGCAUUGCAAAUGUAUGCCAUGUCUCCAUUUUAAAUUUGAGUUUUCCUUUUGUUUUUACUCACCACCAAAGAAUCCAAAUGUAAGAUUUUUAUAUUGGGUUUUAACCACUGACGCGUCCUCAAAAGUCCAUUCUGAUAUAUGCAGUCAUUUUGAAUUUGGUCUGUGCCUUCUCCGGAUCCCCUCCCUCUCCUCCUGCCUCCCUAGCCUGUGCCCCAACUAUCUGUAGAGAGUUUGUAGGUAUUGCCAGGGAUGGAGAUGAUCUAGACAUUUGACUAUUUGACUUCUCCAUCAGUUCAUUUGCUUUCUCUGUUAAACACCAUGAUUGUCUAAACAAGUCUCCACCCCUCGACCCCUUUGUAUCAUGUCAACGGUCACGUGAAAGUUCUGUGGACUCCCUUGUGGCCUCAACCCGUCCUUCAGCCUGACGUGUAGGCACUGAUGUCCAACCUGUCGUGACUUGUGCUGUAUGAACAACCUCGCCGAGGAUUUCCUCCCAGCGGAAAAGCAGCGAGCUCUGCGAAUAUCCCAAAGUUAUGCCUCUGAACAUGUUUUCUAUAUGCAAGUUUUGUGAAACCUGCCUCUUUCCCGUGCAAUGUGUCCCUCCUCACAAGUGCUUAGUUUCUUUUAACUAGCAGUAUCAUUCGUGGGUGGUAAUAGAGUCUCAGUUUACCCAGGGGUUGUUUGGAUAAUAAGAGCCAAUUUUUCUUAGGAUAUAUAUGUAUAUUUAAUGAGCAUUUUGACCUGUAGAUAUAUAGUGUGCCGUAUGGCUGUAGCUCCUGGUGUCAAAUGCUGGGAGUAAGGAGUCUUCUUACAAAUUAUGUUUCUCCUCUCACCUUCUUUUUCACUAUUUCUCCCCCAGACUGGAAUUUUCUCAGCUUUAUCUUGUCUUGCUUUGAAGUUUUGCUCAGCGUUCCUCCCUUCCUACCACUUCCACUUAAAGUCCUUUAAGUAGCUGAAGGAUUAACAGUCUGGUGGGAGGCAAGCCAUUGAAUUGAACCACUAGGAAAGUAUAUUUUCUUCUUUUCUUUUCCUGCCGAGUUUCAGGUGGCAUUUGUAGAAGCUGGUGUGAGAGGCGACGAGGCAUUAUUUUCUAUUACUCCUCAGUGAAGCCCCUUCACAGAGCAUAUGUCUCCGGCAGGCAAUGGGAGUUGUUGUCAAGCAUCAGACCCGGUCCCAGGGCCUCCCGAUGCUGAUCCGUAGUACUGUACAGGCCCACCGCCACCCCUCUCCUCGGAAGAUGCACUGUGCUGUUUGAAAACAUGUAGCCAUUUAAGGCUAGAGUAUUUUAUAUAAACAGAAGAGCUUAGGUCCUGAAGACCAAGGCAGAUAGAUGCAGCUAUGUGUAAAUUGUAUAUUUUUGUGAACCUCUCAAGCACGCACUCCUGUUUUCCCUCUGCUUUGUGGAGGUUUUGAUGUAUUCCUGUCAUCUGCAAGAGUCCAGAGGUUGGACUGACAAUAGGAAGUGAAAAUAAGCUACAUGUAGUCUUGGCAGUUCCCGCCUCACAGGGAAUGAAACAUAGGGAACACCAGCUACUAACUGAUUUUUCUCUUUUCUAUAUUAAAUACCCUUUGAGAUUUAUGGGGAAUGAGUCUAUGUGGAUUUAGUGACAGAGCAGAGUUCCUUUAAGGACUCUUGGAGAGGGGUCAACUGCUUGAUGCCUGGCAAGCUGGAGAGCUCAGCCUGCUGCCAGGCACCUGGCUGGCACCCUGACUUUGGGAGGAGCAGCUCUUGAGGCUGUACCUCUGAUUGCAUCACUGUAUGACUGCAAGCUGGCCGGGGACACUCCCUUGUGUUCUCUCCUAUCCACAUGGCCUGCUAGAUUGAAUUAUAUGCUCCAGUAUAUAGAACAGGCCCUUCAGAAGGCACUAGUUGUCUGGAAGUGAGCUGGGAAGGCCCGUGGUAUGUUGAGCCCCUUACAGGUAAGCACCAGUAUCUCUCUGAUGCACCUGCCUUCAGAUGCCCCUGGGGGUCAGCACAACUAGCAAGACCCCUAGUGCCCUGGUUCCAAACCCAUCUCAUGUGUUAGUCUCAUAAACAGGGCCAUGGUGAGUUCCCUAGAAUUCUCUUUCCUUCAGCAGAGAGGUGAGGGGUCCCCUCAGGAGAGACUCAGCCAUAUAUCUAAGUUGAAUCCCAUCCCCACCGUAGCAGUAAGAAUUGACUUUAAACUCUGCAAAAGCUUCCUUCUGUUGGGGAUUGUAUCUCCACAUUCCUGUCAUAUUUUUCUUAGCUGGAGUGUGUGCUGCCUUUCAGGUACAACUUUCGUGUAAUAAAAGCCAGAGCAUUAAGUUUAUAUAGACCACUUUCUAUGCAAGACUGAGAUACGGACUAGGUUCCAGGAAAUGUGCGCCGUUGGCUCCAUAGACAAGAAGCGCACUGUCAGAAUAGCAUCGCUGAGCGGAGCGGAGGGAGGACCAGUUGCAUGUGUUUCUGCCCACUCGUUUUGAGCAGCCAUGUUAUGAAUUUAACCAUCAGAGCUGAGUGACAACCCAAGAAUGGUACUGGUUUCCUGUGUAAUGACGUCGAUGGGCUGAGCAUGACUGCCAGGGCGGAGCAUCAUUACCCUCAGAUUCCAUGUCACUCCUCGUUUAAAGACUCUUGUUGAGACGUACUAAACACUUUAGGCAAAGUCAGAAGGAUCUGCAGCAAAAUAAAGGCCUGUUCUGCUCUUAUUUAAAGUGAAACACUGUGUACUUGUUUUUCUCCAAAGUAAAAUUAGGUUAUUUAUAACUUCAAUUGCCUCGGCUAGGUUUCCAAGUCACUGAUUUCUGCUGAAGAUUUUACUAUGUUGUUGCACAAUUUUAAGAUAAUUUUUUUUGUCUUGGUGUCAACCUUUUUCACUGAAUAAAAAUUUAACUGGGUUAAAAAAUAAAAUAAAGACACCGCCAUCACCUAUUUAAAUAUCCACUGUGUGUGUCGUAAAGUUGUUCCUUUGAGUGCAAUAAAGAUAGCUUAACACAGUC